GAAGGGGGCGCCUUCCGUUGAGCCCGGCAGGGGAGGCGGGCGAAGGUUUCCUACCCCCCCCCGCCUUCUUCAGUGGCUCCUUCCUCCUCCUGCAGAAUAAGGAGACUAUCCUGUUCCAGGCAUGGCAGAUGACAAUGAAGAGUUGCCAGUGGAUGAGGAUCUGCCGGAGGAUGAAGAGAUUCCCGGGCCAGCAGAGGACAGCUUGGAACAUCUAGAGAAUGGCAGUCCUGCUGAAAGGAGCGGCCACGUAGCUGUCAGCGACGGGCAGUGCAUGUUCGUUUGGGGCGGAUAUAAGAAUGCUCAAGUGAGAGGAUUCUACGACUUUUACCUGCCCCGAGAUGAAAUCUGGAUAUACAACAUGGAAACUGGAAGAUGGACAAAGCACAGAACGGCUGGAGACGUUCCCCCUUCCAUGUCAGGGAGCUGCGCCGUCUGUAUGGGCAGAGUCUUGUACCUGUUUGGAGGGCACCACGCACGCGGCAACACAAACAAGUUCUACAUGCUUAAUUCCAGGUCGAGCGACAAAGUGUUGCAGUGGAUCAGGGUGGAGUGCCAAGGCACCCCUCCGUCAUCAAAAGACAAACUCGGCGUUUGGGUUUAUAGAAACAAGCUUAUAUUUUUUGGUGGCUACGGGUAUUACCCUGAAGGGGAGCAGAUUGGAAGAUUUGAGUUUGAUGAAACCUCUUUUUGGAAUUCAGGUGUUCCCCGUGGAUGGAACGAUCACGUUCACGUCCUGGACACAGACACGUUUACGUGGAGCCAGCCUGUGACCAAGGGGAAAUCGCCGUCACCCCGAGCAGCCCACGCUUGUGCCACAGUUGGAAACAGAGGCUACGUCUUUGGAGGAAGAUACCGAGAGUCCAGGAUGAACGAUCUCUAUUCCCUCAAUCUGGACAAGUGGGAGUGGCAUGAAAUAAUCACACAAGGCAUCUGCCCCGUCGGCCGAUCUUGGCAUUCUCUAACCCCCGUUUCGUCUGACCAUCUCUUCCUCUUUGGCGGGUUCACCACCGACAAGCAGCCUCUCAGUGAUGCCUGGAUCUAUUGCAUAAGUAAAAACGAGUGGAUACAAUUUGAGCACAAUUAUUCAGAGAAACCCCGGCUCUGGCACACGGCAUGCGCGAGCGACGAGGGAGAAGUGAUUGUCUUUGGGGGCUGUGCCAACAAUCUGCUUGCCCACCACAAAGCCGCACAUAGUAAUGAGAUUCUUGUCUUUUCUCUUCAACCAAAAUCCCUCGUAAGGCUGUGCCUGGAAGCCAUCAUGUGCUUCAAGGAGAUCCUGGCCAGCUCCUGGCACUGCCUGCCCAAGCACCUCCUCCACAGCCUCAACCAGCGCUUUGGGAGUAACAACACGUCUGGCUCCUAGGAGGACGGCAGUGAAGCACUCCCUCGGCUGGCCGCGCUGCGCAUGAACGAGCCCUUCUUAUAUAAAGAGAUGUAAUAAUUUGAACCAUCCCGGUUUGGCAAAGUGUGUGUGACAUUUGUAUAGGUUAAUUCUCCCCCCCCCCCCAACUCUGCGUUGUAGGUAACGGCUUCUCUGCUUUGACCUUUCUUUUCUGUUUGCAUGUGAAUGGCUUAGAGAGAGAACCUAUUUUUGUGUAAAAAUUUGUUUGCAAUAAAUGUAUUUAAUGCAA